CAUCCGGAUUGCAUAUUGGAUCAAUUUCAAACUGCAGAAAUUGGUGCCUUAGCUGGACCAAUUAUUGUGGAGCCACAUGUCACAGCAGUUUGGGGAAAAAAUGUUUCAUUGAAGUGUUUAGUUGAAGUAAAUGAAACCAUAACACAAAUUUCAUGGGAGAAGAUACAUGGCAAGAGUUCCCAGACGGUUGCGGUUCAUCAUCCUCAGUAUGGAUUCUCUGUUCAGGGAGAAUAUCAGGGAAGAGUCUUGUUUAAAAAUGAUUCACUUAAUGAUGCAACAAUUACACUGCAUAACGUAGGAUUCUCUGAUUCUGGAAAAUACAUAUGCAAAGCUGUUACUUUCCCGCUUGGAAAUGCUCAGUCUUCUACAACUGUAACUGUAUUAGUUGAACCCACUGUGAACCUGAUAAAAGGGCCAGAUUCUUUAAUUGAUGGAGGAAAUGAAACAGUAGCAGCUAUCUGUAUUGCAGCCACUGGAAAACCAGUUGCACAUAUUGACUGGGAAGGUGAUCUUGGUGAAAUGGAAUCCACUACAACUUCUUUUCCAAAUGAAACAGCAACAAUUGUCAGCCAGUAUAAGCUGUUUCCAACCAGAUUUGCUCGAGGAAGACGAAUUACUUGUGUUGUAAAACAUCCAACUUUGCAAGAGGAUAUCCGAUAUUCUUUCAUAUUAGAUAUACAAUAUGCUCCUGAAGUUUCAGUAACAGGGUAUGAUGGAAAUUGGUUUGUAGGAAGAAAAGGUGUUAAUCUCAAGUGUAAUGCUGAUGCAAAUCCGCCACCCUUCAAAUCUGUGUGGAGCAGGUUGGAUGGACAGUGGCCUGAUGGUUUAUUGGCUUCAGAUAAUACUCUUCAUUUCGUCCAUCCAUUGACUUUCAAUCAUUCUGGUGUUUAUGUCUGUAAAGUGACCAAUUCCCUUGGGCAAAGAAGCGAUCAAAAGGUCAUCUACAUUUCAGAUGUUCCAUUUAAGCAGACCUCUUUCAUAGCUGUAGCUGGUGCUGUAAUUGGAGCUGUUCUUGCCCUUUUCAUCAUUGCUGUCUUUGUGACUGUGCUGCUGACUCCUCGAAAAAAGAGACCCUCUCUUGACAAAGUGAUUGACCUUCCACCCACACAUAAACCACCUCCUGUGUAUGAAGGAAGAUCCCCCCCUAAGCCUCAAAAAGACCUUCUGGAACAGACUGAAUACUUGCCUUUGCAGAUUCCGUUCAAGGAAAGAGAAGUUGGCAGUCUUCAACACUCUAAUGGACUAAAUAGCAGGAGAUAUGACUAUGAAGAUGAGAAUCCAGUGGAGGAAGAUGGGAGUCAGCAGAUGUAUCCUCUUUCCAAUCAGAUGUGCUACCAAGACUGGAGCCCUGGCAAACAUCAUCAAAAUUACAACCCUGAGAGAGUCUAUAUCAACCCACAAGAACAUUAUGUGUGAUUUUUCUCUUUUUCCAAUGGGUAUUUUAACAAAUGUUU